AUAGCGGAGCCCCGCAGCAUCCCGCGGGCUGGGCCGUCGCUGCGCCGGAGCCUGCCAGUGAGAAGGGAAAGCCCACCAUUUACCACCUGCAGCCAUGGAAGGGGGUGUGCAGCUCCUCAACCGCGACGGCCACAGCAUCUCCCACAACUCCAAGCGGCAUUAUCAUGAUGCCUUCGUGUGCAUGAACCGCAUGCGUCAGCGUGGGCUGCUCUGCGACAUUGUGCUCCAUGUGGGCACCAAGGAGAUCAAGGCCCACAAGGUGGUGCUGGCGUCGUGCAGCCCGUACUUCCACGCCAUGUUCACAAAUGAGAUGAGUGAGAGCCGCCAGACCCAUGUGACGCUGCACGACAUUGACCCACAGGCCCUGGAGCAGCUGGUGCAAUACGCUUACACGGCUGAGAUUGUGGUGGGCGAGGGGAAUGUGCAGACACUUCUUCCUGCUGCCAGCCUGCUUCAGCUCAAUGGUGUGCGAGAUGCUUGCUGCAAGUUCCUACUCAGCCAGCUUGACCCAUCCAACUGCCUGGGGAUCCGGGGUUUUGCUGACACGCACUCCUGCAGCGACCUCCUCAAGUCUGCGCACAAGUAUGUCCUCCAACACUUCGUGGAGGUGUCCAAGACAGAGGAGUUCAUGUUGCUGCCUCUUAAACAGGUGCUGGACCUCAUUUCUAGUGACAGCCUCAAUGUGCCAUCAGAGGAGGAGGUGUACCGGGCUGUGCUUAGCUGGGUCAAACAUGAUGUGGACAGCAGAAGACAGCACGUCCCCAGGCUUAUGAAGUGUGUGCGGCUGCCCCUGCUGAGCCGGGACUUCCUCAUGAGCAACGUGGACACGGAGCUGCUGGUGCGGCAUCACUCGGAGUGCAAGGACCUGCUGAUCGAAGCCCUCAAGUACCACCUCAUGCCGGAGCAGAGAGGGGUCCUUAGCAACAGCAGGACGAGGCCGCGGCGCUGCGAGGGGGCCAGCACUGUGCUCUUUGCUGUGGGUGGGGGGAGCCUGUUCGCCAUCCACGGGGACUGCGAGGCCUAUGACACACGGACGGACCGGUGGCACAUGGUGGCCUCCAUGUCGACUCGCAGGGCCAGAGUGGGCGUUGCUGCCAUUGGGAACAAGCUGUAUGCUGUGGGCGGCUAUGAUGGGACCUCUGAUUUGGCCACAGUGGAGUCCUAUGAUCCCGUCACCAAUUUCUGGCAACCUGAGGUGUCCAUGGGCACCAGGAGGAGCUGCCUGGGUGUAGCAGCACUUCAUGGGCUUCUCUAUGCUGCUGGGGGGUACGAUGGGGCCUCGUGCCUGAACAGCGCAGAGCGGUACGACCCUCUGACAGGCACCUGGACAUCCAUCGCUGCCAUGAGCACCAGGAGACGCUACGUCCGGGUGGCAACGCUAGAAGGGAACCUCUAUGCCGUUGGGGGAUAUGACAGCUCAUCCCACUUAGCCACAGUAGAAAAGUAUGAGCCCCAGAUCAACACCUGGACACCCAUUGCCAAUAUGCUAAGCCGCCGGAGCAGUGCAGGAGUGGCCGUGCUGGAGGGGAUGCUCUACGUGGCUGGCGGCAAUGAUGGGACCAGCUGCCUUAACUCUGUUGAACGCUACAACCCCAAAACCAACACAUGGGAGAGCGUGGCGCCCAUGAACAUCCGCAGGAGCACCCACGACCUGGUAGCCAUGGAUGGGUGGCUGUACGCAGUGGGUGGCAACGAUGGGAGCUCCAGCCUCAACUCCAUCGAGAAGUACAACCCCCGUACCAACAAGUGGGUAGCAGCCUCGUGCAUGUUCACACGCCGGAGCAGCGUAGGGGUGGCUGUGCUGGAACUCCUCAACUUCCCGCCCCCCUCCUCGCCCACCCUGUCGGUGUCUUCGACGAGCCUUUGACAAAGAAUCAGGACCUACCUUACCUCAAGGGGACAGGGGCGGCUGGCGGAGCGCUAGGCCAGCGUGGCCCGCCCUGCAGGGCAGCCGGUCGCUGUAGGAGGAGAGCGAAGGUACUGGCUGCUGCCUCCAGCCCCAGCACUCCUGUGAACCCCCGGAGCUAUCCCAACUCUUGGUGCACACAUCGGAUCAGCACGACCACAGCAGUUAGAAAUGUGCUUCCUGGACGAGCACCCUCCUUCUAGAGGGCGAGGAGAGGGGGUGCUCUCUGCUCCGUUCAGACUCAUCUCACCACUCACCCAAAGGGCGUGUAUUUUCUUUGGGGAGGGAAACUUUAAACCAUUGCUGCUUCUUGGAUUCACGUGAUCCAGCCGGUGCCACACAUACGAGCACAGCCAGCCUUGGAGGCUUCCAGGAGUCCUGUGGGGUGGCAGAGGUGGACAGCACUCCUCCCAAGGACACGGCUGAAUGUGCAACCGCUCCUCUGAAUGUCACUGUAGCCAAACUCUUUACCAAGCCUAUUGUGCACUGUUAAAGACUCUGAGGCCACUGUAUGGUUCUCAAUGGUGUCUAAUUGAUGCCUUAAAAUACACAAAAAAAAGAAGCCCAGCUAAGGGACAGGGCCUGGAGGAGGUGAGGUUUGGAGACAAAACUGGAUGCAGCAUCCUGAACUCUCCAGUGUUUCCAUACUCAGCUGGCCCCACCUCAUUCACUAAGAUCCCAGCUGACCGUUGCUCUGGGGAGUCCCCAGCCAGGCAAAUGGGUUGAGUGACCUUGUUUGCAUCCAUGCCAUUGCUGUCCCAGGUUCAAGUGACUGUGCGGCUGCCUGCUCUCUGCACGUGGUCCUGGUUCACAGUUUGGCUGGGAACGGAUCAGCCUGUUUGCUCUUCCCCUCUCUGCAAAGCAGAUUCUGGGUUUAAGGAAAGGUAUCGGUUCUCAAAUAAGAACAGUCCAGCCUUCUGAAUGAGGAGGAUUGCCUGGCGUUACUUUUUUGGGUGUUAAUUUUUUGCCUUUUUUUAUUUGAAUGCUAAUAUUUUAAUUUCUAAUGACUUCAUAUCCCUUUAUUUUUUACACUAUCCUGGUAUUCCCCAUCCCAUCUGCUUUUAAGGCAGCAGAAGGGAUGCAAUUACUUUUCUCAUUUGUUGAUGAGAUGAUGACUGUGUCCUGGAAGACGUUCUCUAUGGAUGUGUGGGUGUGUGUGCAUGUGUGAGAUAUCAUAUGUACAGUGAAAACAGCAUGGAAGGGACCAUUUGCAAUUAGCGACUCCCUGGCAAUUAAGCAACCACUUUAAUUAACUAACGGUUGAAUAAAUUAGUACUGUAAGUCACAGGCCUGUCCUAGACCCACCUGUGCCAUGGAACCUCUUGGGUGGCGUUUUCAAUGCGUAUGCUGUAGGAUGCGUAUAUGAGCCUUGAACUGAGACAUAUCAUCAGGUGUUCUCCACAUUAUAGAGGAAUGACUUAACCACUGGUACCUCAAUAGUGUUCAAAUGUAGCAUUGGAAAUAUGGUCUAACUGUUUGUUUUGAACUAAUUCCUUUAGUCUUUUUUCCCGCUCCUUCGCAUUUCUCAUUUACAGAGUUCAGAUUUCACUUGUGGUGGUAUUUGUUGGCCUAAAUUUUCAAGUGGCUAGAGAUUUCUUCUUUUCUCUUUUCUUUGGGGUGAAAGGAGAGUUUGAGAUGAGACAGGGACUCCCCAACUUAAGAUAAUUUUUACAGCGAUCUGAUUUCUCCUGGACAGGUGCCUGCAUGUUUUACAAGCCCACUUACAGUGCCUAACGUUGGACACCUGAAAUGACCAGCAGCUUCUGAAAAUCUGGGCUGCUUCUCCCCCCAGCCUCUCCCCAAGGACAGUCUGGGCUUCUCAGGCUGAGGAGGCCUUUUUGGCUUUUAGAACAGACUCUAAAUCUGCUUUUCAUUCCCCUCUCGCUUGCCAAGCCUCUGCCCCAGCCUGUCACAGCUCGGCAGCUCUCCCAUUCCUCUGUAUGGCAGAGGACCCUGCAAAUGUCCAGGCUCUGCUCCUGCAGGUUGCCUCUUGGUCAACGUGGCACUAGGGCUGCCCUAAGUAGGUCACGUGAAUCUGCUUUGUUUGAAGUAACGAUGAAAUCGGUGAAGUCUGCUCUGUUGCGUGCGUGUGCGUACUGUGCCUACGCAUGAGCGAGGUCUCGAUCCUUUUCUUCCCAUUCCCGUAAGCAACAUCAGGAUUUUAGUCUUCUGCUGGACUCGUAUCAACCAGCGCAUUCAAGGUGCCCCUGGCUCUAGGGUCCUCUUUGAAGGAAGAUCAGCCUAAAAGCCCCACAGCCAUGUCAGAAGUGAACGGUGCUGGUGCUGGGCCUUGGCCCGAUGUGCCGAGGUCCUGCUGAGGUUUCUGUGAGGAAUGGCGAAAGGACAGCGGAGCCCAGCCAGCCUGCUGAAGGGAGUACUGUACGACGAGGAGGGGCAGGGCAGGGCCAGAGAGGAACUGCUGAAGGGAGAAACAGGGCUGAUUUCAAACAAGGAAUGAGUUGUUAUAGCAGUGGCUCAGCAUCUGGUCCAAGUGUGGCUGCUGUGGCGUGAAGCGGGGCUGCUGCCUUAGAGGGGCGGCAGGCAGGCAAAACCAGAGGGGACGCGAGCAGUGUAGCAGGCUGAGGAGAAUUUCUGUGCCAUGUGCCCUUGGUCCCAGUUGUAAUCUUUAGCAAUUUACACUACAAAUGGUGUGCAAUGCUGUCCUGCCUCUUGAGGAUCAGGGAAACAGGCAGUGUGACUCCUGUCACCCACCAGUUGGGUCCUGAGCAAUAUCACCACUGAGCCUGUUCUGCAGAAACCUGGGGAGGAGGGAGCCUUUUGUGUCUCUGAUGUACUAACUAUGCAGGUGCUCACUGCUUUCCUGUAAAAGAGAAAGAAGGAAGGAAAGGGCAAAAUAGUUCCCCAGCAGCUUGCGGGGGUCCGGAGCACCCCGACCCACACUGUGUGGACACGAGGUGUCAGCAUCUGCCCUGGGAGAUCCCAGGGUGGAAUUGCUUCUGGUGCUGCACAUCCCUUGCUGAGGAGGAGGCCUCGGAGGGGAUGUGCGUCUGUGUCUGUCUGUCUGUGCGUAGUACCCUAUCUGAGGGGAGGAGAACUGUCAACUGUGUGUGGCUUCUCUGCCAGUUUUAGUUAGUGGUGUCUCACCCAAAAUGUUAUUUGUGUGAUUUCCCAUGUGAGCUUUUCCCGGCGGAGAGCACCCCUGAGCGGGUGGCUCCAGGCUGUGUGUGUUGAUGUGUUUCACCCAGGGACCCCGGUGUCAGUCUGCAGUGAGACGGCAAGGCUAGGCAGGAGCCCUUGCCCCGACGCAGGGGGAGAGGUUCGCUUGGCCUUACUGGUAGGCAGACCCGGUCUACUCCAUGUCAAACCGUCGUCACUUUGAUUUCUCUGUAAGUUAUCUGACUUAUUUAUGUGGAACUCUGUUUCUCUGAAUUUUUUGCACUACAUGGGAUUGGGGAGGGGAUACAAGCAAUAGAAGCCAACAUGUACAAUA